CAGCUCACACUGUCGCAAAAGCUUGAGCUCUGCUGAAAACCGUUUGAAAUGAAGGGGACACAGAACAACAACGCGAAUUAAAGUUGUCAAAUACUUCACAGGUCGACUCUCAGCUGGCAUCUUCAUCCACAUGGCAACGUUCAACGGAGAAGGAGUCAACCACCUGUUAGUAGAAGUGAGCCCUGACAUCCACAUCUGUGGUUUCUGCAAACAACAGUACAACAACGUUGACCACUUUUUUGCACACAAGCAAACCUGCUGCCAGACCCCGUCGACUCAUAUAUCAGCCCGAAGCGCUGGACCCAGUGAGUCGUUUCAGACAUGUGUACCAAAAGUCAAAAAGCCCCUGACCAAAGCUCAGAAAACCCCCUCCAAAAAGCUGAAACCUGCACUAAGUCAAAAAAGACACACAUGCACAUUCUCAGGUUGUACAUUCAAAACUCAGUAUGGCCAAAAAGACAUGGAGAGACAUAUUUUAACACAUACUGGUGAGAGGCCUUUCGAAUGUGAACUCUGCCAUAAACGCUUCAGUCGUCGCGAUAAGCUGAAUCUCCACAGCCGUUUGCACGGAGAGAAACCGCACAAGUGUAAGUACUGUCCGUACGCGGCGGCCGACAGCAGUAGCCUGAAGAAGCACCUUCGCAUCCACUAUGACGAGAGACCCUUUAAGUGUCAGAUAUGCCCCUACGCCAGCCGCAACUCAAGCCAGCUAACCGUUCACCUCCGAUCUCACACAGGUGACGCUCCGUUCCAGUGCAAUCAAUGCGAUGCCAAAUUCAAGAUCAACUCAGACCUGAAGCGCCACAGUCGGGUUCACUCCGGCGAGAAGCCUUAUAAGUGUGAACUCUGCGAAUACCGCUGUGCCAUGAAGGCCAAUUUAAAAUCCCACGUGCAACUGAAACACAGCGCCUCCAACUCCUUCCGCUGCUCGAAAUGCGACUUCCAGUGCUCCACCAAAGCCGCCCUGCGACACCAUUCCCGCCAGCACCAGCCGGCCCAGCCGCUGCAGUGCAGCGAGUGCAGUUACUCCUGCUCCAGCAAGGGGGCGCUCAAGAUCCACGAGCGCGUGCACUCGGACGAACGGCCCUUUAAAUGCGAGCACUGUUCAUUUGCUAGUAAGCAGCGGAGUAAUUUGUUAAUUCACCGGAGGAAGUGUCACGCGGAUAAACCGGAUAGGCAAGGUAAGUCUGGACGAGGAAGCGGGACAGGGGAGGAGCCGCCCAAACCUCUUAGCUCGCGUUAUCGGGCGAGACUGGAAGCGACACGGGCGUUUCGUUGCGACUUAUGCGAGGCUUCGUUCGUCAGGGAGGAUUCUCUUCGCAGCCACAAGAGGCAGCAUAACAGUAACGUGCAACAACAAAGUCAAACUGUAACCUCCAUCGCAACCAACACAACGUCUUCGUACAGCGCGACGCAUCUUAAGAUCAUCAUGGCGCCCUCUAUAGGACCGGAGGCUACUUUUGUCCAAGCUUCCACUGGAAAGGCUGGAGCCGUUCUGCUUGGUCCGGAGGAUCACGAUGUGCUUUUGAACCCCGUAAUACAGCAUGUCAACAUGCUAGCACCAGAUUCCGGCCUCGAGCAUCAGACGGUUUUACUCACUCAAAUCGACUCCAGUGAAACCACCUCUCAAACCGGUACUCAAAACUUCAUCGCCUCCUGUUCUGCAUCUGCUUCCGACGGCACGCACACCUUCAUCACGUCCUGUUCCGACCUGGAAAGCCUCCACAAGCUCAUCCAGGAGGGCGGCACUGAGGUUACGGUGGUUACGGAGGCAAAUCCGACGAUUGCCACCACAAAAGAACCCAUGAACAUUGAUGGUUCCUCGUCUCAGGAUGUGUCUAAGCACGCAGAAGACAGUUUAGAUAUGGGUCCACCAGAAACCAUUCUUGUUCAAACUCUCCCUCUGUCCAUUUCAACACAGGACCAACAGGCUAACAAGUACCAUCUGUCUCCACACCAUUUAUUUUCAGACUCCAGUACGGUGGACAUCGGUGAUUCGUAGUUAUGUGAAUAACUACGACUGUGAUACAGACUUUAAACGCCAUAUUGAAUUUAACACGGAUGAAAACGAGGCUGUGAGGAAUGAACUUACAGUUUUACAAUGGCACGCACUGUAUAAAGGUGUAAUUUUCACAACUUCACAGCUGGUUUAUGGAGUUUUUUUCUACUGAAAGUUCACUUUGUCAGCUGGACGGUCAGUAUGUUGUUAAACAAUCCGUUGAACAUGCUCAAUUUCUAUUCCUCACAGCCCGUUUUCUUUCCUUUUAAAAUUAAAUAUGGUGCUAUCUAUCAUCAAGUUAAAAUUAACUUUGUUUGGUUAAUUUCCCGUUUCUUUAUCCAGCUACUGCUUUGUUCAUGUUGUGUUGGAAUUAAUAUAAUUAUAAGAAUUAUAAAACUCAGAAUAGUUUCAGUUUUCCAUUUCAAUGCUCAUCCAAAAUGGAUCCAUAUGGAAAGUUUGUUGGAAAUGACAACAGAAGCGCACAAGGUGACACCAGUGAAUAUGGUGUUGAGAAUAAAACCUAGUUUACUUUUAACUGUUCAAACUGCUGCCGUUUUGGUUUAACCAUGCACACUGAUGAGAGAAAUCAGAGCUUUCAUAAAAUGAAGAGAUUGUAAUUUACAAUUAAGAGUUUGAAAAAGACAUGAAUGGAUUUUACAAGUGGAAAAUGCGUAAUUAUGGCAAUUAAUUCUGACGUGACCUGAACGCAGCAUAACAUUUAGAGGUUGCCAUAUUGGAUCAGGGGGUCAUUGUUUCAUAUUGAAGUUUUGCAUCGGAUCAAAGGUGGAUGAAUUAUGUUUUUUUCCUCUAUUCUACAGUGAAAUAAACAUUCUUCUUUUUAAGCCA